CCUAAGAGGAUCGGUUAAAGUAUUUUAUAUUUACCUUUCUAUAUGGCUUUCUUGUAUAAUUUUAUUACAUCCAUAUCUCAACGUUUGUUUGUUAUUAAGGCAGCUGAAACUCCAGAUGGAGAAAUACCUGAUCCAGUUAUAGCCUUACGUGAAAAAUGCUCUCAGCAUACAGCAUGCAGAAAAUAUAAAAAGAGGUAUGAAGUUUGUUCAGAAAGGGUGAAUAAAACUCCUGGAACUGAUGAAACAUGUGAAGAAGAACUUUUUGACUUUUUACAUCACAGGGAUCAAUGCGUGGCAAAAGAAUUAUUUAAUUAUUUAAAAUAAAACAUCAGAAAAUUUUAUUAUAUGUGUUUUAACAAGUUGCAAUAUGAAAUUUUAUCUAAAUAUAUCAUUUAAACUAUUUGUUAAGUGGUAUUUUAAAUUAUCUUCAUUUUCAUCCAAAUUUAUACUUUUUAAAUAAUUAUACAGCCACAUUAACCUUAUCUGUAUUGUAUCAAUCAGUGAUAUAUUUUUUGGUUUAAGAAUGUUCAGAUCUUCCUCAUGGUUUGAUAUCUGUUAAACAAAAUAUUAAAUUUAUUUGUAUGAAAAUAAUAAUUCAAUGUUUGGGAAAUAAUAAUAGCCAAGUU